AUGGCAGCCCCAGCAAAAUCCGGAGCGGCGCUCCUCGAGGCCAUGGCCUCUCACGUGCACAUCAGCAUAUCGCCGGGCACCAAGAAUCUUCAUGAGAGUCGACAAAUUCUAGCAGCUUUGCAGAAAUUCGGCGAAGUGACAGCCUUCAAGAACGGCAAAUACAACAUUCAAAAUCAAAACCCGCACAAAGACAAAACCAUCCUUGCCAUCUUCGACUCCAGCGACUCGGCUCAUCGUGCAAUUGCCGCCUCUCCAAUUCACAUUACAAUCACACCGGACUCUUCCAUGCCAACCUCGAACUUGAACUUGACCUCAGACUCAACCGCAACCUCGAACUCGGCCACCAACUUCUCACCGAGAACGAUAACUUGCACGAUCCAAGAAUCCAGACAUAAUCACUGGGACAUGUACCGGAGCGUGCCACUGAUAGGAUUGGCCGAUGUCUUGCAAAGGAGUCGCAAACAUUGGAUUCGAAAUAACUUCCGAUCAGAAGAGGAGCAGAUCAUGCUCGAUGAUGGGCGCAGCUUGAUGAGGCUUUGGAAGGAAGGAUUAGAGCGGGAGAAUGGGGUCAAGGUGGGAACGGAACAGGCGCAGGAGGGCGAGGAAGAGAAACCGAGGACGGGGCUGAGUAGGGUUUCGAAACAGAUGCAGAAGUGGGCGAAGGAGAAAGAAGAGGAGGAGAAGAUGAAGGAGGGGUUUGAGAGGAUGGGAGAGGAAUGGAUUGGGCAUUUGACGGAGACGAAGAAGGACAGAGGAUGA